GACCAGAAAUCAAUGAAUUCCAAGACCCCACAUCUCUUUGGGACAUACCAUUAAACAACUCAAUAGCCUCCAACGUCAAACGGAACCUGCACAACCCAAAGAUCAUGCUGUUUGUUGCAACAACAUCUCUCUCAGGCAUUUCAUCGAACACUCUUCGAGCAUCAUCUAUGCCACCGCAUUUAGAGUACAUAUCAACAAGGGAUGUCAUCAAAACCGUAUCUCUAUCAAACCCAUGUUUGAGUAUCAUGCAAUGAACUUGCUUUCCUUCCGUUAUUCCCGCAACCCUAGCACUGGCCCUAGCAACUGCAGAGAGAAGGAACUCCGUGAUUUUGGACCCAACUUUGUGAACUUGGUGGAACAGAAUAAUUGCUUCACGACUCUUCCCUAGGUUUAUAAAAGAAGUGAUCUUCUUAGCGUAUGUGAAGCUAGUUUGAAGCAUUUCCAUUCAAUGUUGUCUGUAAAAUACAGACUUACAUUGAUACGGUCUGAAACAUACUGUGUCCACGAAAAGGAAUUGAUUGACUCAAGAGUGCUUGUUGAGUAGAAUUUUAAUCUGAUUGGGACACUGCUGGACAGGAAAGAUUUAGAACAUUAACCAGUUCUUAUUACAGAGGUGCUCAGGGGAUUAUAAUGGGUAUGUGCUGCCUUCAAUUGCUAUCUUCUGCUGCUGCUGCUACAUUGAUUGCACUGCUGUUAUUUUUCUGAUAUGUUUAAGCUGAAAUUCAUUUGAUAAUUGACAUUAUUAUCCACGGUGUCUUUGCUGCAUACCUGUGCUGUUUUCAUUUCAUUAGUUAACCAUGAGGUCUGAGUUCUAUAAUGUUGAGCUUGGGGCUAGUCUUCCACGUGGAGUAAGAAACUCUUUUGCUGGACUUGGAUUUUGAGAGGAUUCAUAUAUCAUAAACAUGGGUCUCAGAUGUUAGUGGAGGAGGAAGUCUCCAGUAUCUCUGAGACACAUCCCAGUGCACUUAAAUAAUAUGUGCUUCUCUGGAUUGUCCUACCGCAAUUACUGUGACACUAGAGAAUUUCUGUGCUGGAGGCCUUAAUCUCAUGAAUCCAACUCCAUCGCUAAAUUUUCUAACAUAGGCAUGAAUGUGAUUGUUUGUCUCAAAUUGGGUGCAGUUUGAAGUGAGCUUUAACAAAAAUCUUGUUGCCAUAGUUUCAUGUGCAUUGAGGCAAUUGCAGAUGGAGAUUCGAAGUUUUCUGUCUUUUAGUUAUCUCAAUUUUGGAGCGAAUGAAGAAGCUUCUGAACUUUUUGGUCCUUUUUUCUUAAUUGCUCUGGGUUUUCCACCAAUUUUAAUCCUUGUUGGUGCCUCUAUUUGAGACGUAGUUUCAAUAGUCUCCUUGUAUGUGCCCCCAAAGAUGUCUGCUUUGGCCAUGAAUAGACUUGAUUUCUGAAAGCUGAUUAAAUUUGAAUACUCUUGCUGUUUUAUUAUUUGGUUCAAAUGUAAAUUGGACUUGCUAAUGGUGCUUGGAAGCUGUUAUGCUGAUGCAGUACUUUACCUGUGGUAUUGAUACAAUAUAUGAUGUAACAUUGCGGGAAAGCAUUUACAAAUCUGUCUGAUAUAUGGGCUAAAGAAAUUAAUCUGUACUUAACAAAUCAGGACUGCAUCAAGAUGCUUGUUGGGAACAAAGUUGAUAAGGAAAGUGAAAGGGUUUUCUCCAAAAUAGAGGCAGACUAAUGCACCCUGCAAACGAUGGGCAUUAGCCAGGGUUUUAGGGACACUUAGAUGAACUCUUUUGGAACUCCAAAAUGCUUAUCUUUUUACCGACUUUGUAUUUUGGCCUUUGCUUUGUUCUCAAAAAUUGACAAUGGAGAUAUGAGAAAAAAUAGUGUUGAUCUCA